AUGUCUAUCCGAGCCCUCAACCAGAACUCCCCCUCCUUGAACUUUGCCGCCAACGCGGCGGGACAGGGCCCAUCUCACCCUUUCUUCCAUCCUCACGGAGGCGAGCAUCCUUAUUCCAACCCAUGGUAUCUUCAGUCUGGCAACGAUCAACCCGGCCGCCCAGGCCAUCCUUACUUGUCUCCGUGGGCCGAAACCGGCGACGAAGACCAGGACAAUGGAGCCAACGACAACAGCGGGGAUACCACCAGCCCUCGCAAGCCAUACCCAUACCCAGGGCCCGCGGAAGGUUAUCCUCCGCACAACUUUCCUGGCGCCUCUGAAGGCCGCAAGCAUUGCCCUUUCCCGGGCUACCCUCAACAGCCGUACACCUACCCAGGUCCUCUUCCAUGGUAUCAGUCACACGCCCAUCCCGGCCCUGCGGAGGGUCAAAAGCCAUACCCUUCCCUCUGGAAUGACGAGAAAUCCCAGCCCUAUGCUCGCAAGCCGUACCCUUACCCUGGACCAGCCGAUGGCUAUAAACCCCAUCACUAUCCGGGUGCGGCUCCCUGGAGACAGCCCCACACCCCAUGGGAGCAGGACGAUAAGCCCAAGCCCUCCUUUCCUUGUCAACCGUAUCAGUUUCCAGGUCCGUCGCAAAGCGCUGGUCCAUUUUCCCAACAGCCUUACAAAUACUCGGGUAACGCUCGCGGUGCUACUCCCUUCCCUCAGCGGUCAUUCCCCAUCGGCCAACAAAUUGAACCCGGUAACAGAGGAUGGGGCGGACUUUCCGCUCCUCAUGCGUCCCACGGCCCUUGGGAAUUUACCCAACAAGCACCUUACACAUGCCCGUCUACUGCAUCCGACAAAUACAAGCCCGAGGUUGAUGUAUUUGACACCCCUGAGGCAUUUGUGAUCCACGUAGCCCUCCCCGGUACGAAGAGGGAGGAUGUCGAAGUCAACUGGGAUCCGAAGACGGUGGAAGUCAGCAUCUCUGGGGUGAUCAACCGACCUGGGCCUGAAGACCUAGUGAAGACAAUUGCGCUGGAUGAGCGAAAGGUUGGGGCGUUUGAGCGCAAGGUGCGAUUGGGCAGUCGGGCCAAUCCGCCCAAGGUAGAUGGGGAUGCGAUCUCGGCCAAGUUGGAGGAUGGGGUUCUUGUUAUUGAGGUGCCAAAGACGGAGCCGGAUGAUGAUGCUGAGGUUAAGAGGGUUGAGGUUGAGUAA